UAAGCUCUUUAUAAUAAAACUUCAUUCAUCUUAUCAUCUCCUUCAUUGAAGAGAAAAAAAUGGGUGAGACAAACAAUGGUAGCAAAAGCAGCAGGUGGUCUUUGCAAGGAAUGACAGCACUGGUCACCGGUGGAUCCAAAGGAAUCGGAUAUGCUAUCGUGGAGGAGUUGGCACAACUUGGGGCAACUGUACACACUUGUGCUCGAAACGAAGCUGAACUCAGUGAAUCCUUAAACAAAUGGACUACAAAAGGAUACAGAGUAACCGGUUCGGUCUGUGACGUGGCCUCUCGUUUAGAAAGAGAAGAACUCAUAGCUAGAGUCUCCUCUCAGUUCAAUGGGAAACUCAAUAUCCUUGUAAACAACGUGGGAACAAACAUACCGAAACAAACCUUGGAUUUCACAGCAGAAGAUUUCGCAUUUCUGAUGAAUACGAAUCUUGAAUCUUGUUUCCAUUUAAGCCAGCUUGCACAUCCUCUCUUAAAAGCUUCAGAAGCUGCAAGUAUCAUUUUCAUGUCCUCCGUUUCUGGUCUUGUAGCUACAAACAUAGUAUCUGUUAUUUAUAGUGCAACAAAAGGUGCAAUAAACCAAGUGACAAAAAAUCUGGCAUGUGAAUGGGCCAGAGACAACAUAAGAACGAAUUGUGUUGCACCGGGGCCAAUUAGAACCCCUCUUGGGGAAAAGGUCUUCAAAGAGGAAAAAGUUCGGCAUGGUCUGAUUUCUGGAAUCCCCCUGGGACGGAUUGGAGAGGCAGAAGAGGUUUCUUCGUUGGUGGCAUUUCUCUGCUUACCUGCAGCUUCUUACAUCACAGGACAGACCAUUUAUGUUGAUGGAGGCUUCACUGUGAAUGGCCUCCACGUAUUCUAGCCUUAGUUUUUCUGUGUUAAAUCAGUCACACUGUCAUUGCAUUGCUUUCUGUGUCAUGUAAGAAUAAAUUAACAGACUGGACUUUCCUAAGUUCGGGUUAGGGUGUGUUCGAAUUCACAAUUAGUUGUCAAUCUGGCAGUGAAAGUGUAGUAUGUUAAAUGUAUUUUGGAAUGCAUGAUGUUUAUUGUUUGGUAUUAAUAAAACACAGUGCUUAGUGCUUGUUUU